CCGCUGUUCUUUUGGUUUAUCACUCUCAAAAUUCCCCAUGGCGGCGGAAACAAAGAUGGUGAAGGACUGUGUUCUCAACCACAGCGAUAAUGACGAAGAAGAAGAAGAGAACUUCUCAGACGAUGGAGACUGGGGAGAUUGGGAAGAAGCAGCUGAUAAGGACGACGACGACGACGGCGGCUUCGAAUCUGAUUUCGUUUGUCUGUUCUGCGAUUCACGCUUCGUGUCGUGUGAUUUACUCUUCCAGCACUGUCUUCCGAGCCACGGGUUUGAUUUUCAUGGAGUUAGAAAGGAGCUGAAGCUCGAUUUCUACGCUUCGUUUAAGCUCAUCAACUAUAUCCGUUCACAGGUGGCUGAGAACAAAUGUUGGAGCUGGGAAGCUUUGCAGAAGUGUCAACUCGAAGUGAACUUUCCUUGGGAUGACGAGAAGUAUCUGAAGCCGUUUUGGCAGGAGGAUUCGCUUUUGUACAGCUUUGCAGAUGAAGAGGAGGUGGAAGGCGAAGAAGAAGAAGAGGGGUUAGACAGAGAUGAUUUGAUUGAGGAUUUGCGGAAACUUGGGGAUUUAAGCAUUGUUGAUGAUGAAGCUAUAGGGGAAAGCUCAGUGUCAAACAAUGACAAGUGCAAGGAUGUUAGUCUUGUCUCAAAACAGAGUUCUGCUGAUGGUUUGGUAGUCAAUGGGAAGGGUAAAGAACCGAGAGUUUGUGAUGGGAGGCUAGUUGGUAGGAACAUCAGGAAGGUUAAUGAAAACUAUUUUGGAUCUUAUAGUUCAUUCGGCAUUCACAGGGAGAUGAUUAGUGAUAAGGUUAGAACAGAAGCUUACCGGGAUGCACUUUUGAAGAAUCCGAGUCUCUUGUCUGGCUCUGUUGUAAUGGAUGUUGGUUGUGGAACUGGAAUAUUGAGUCUCUUUGCUGCUCAAGCGGGAGCUUCAAGGGUAGUUGCAGUUGAAGCUAGUGAGAAGAUGGCCAAAGUUGCAACAAAGAUUGCCAAGGAUAACAAAGUGUUUAAUGAUAACGAGCAUAAUGGGGUACUUGAAGUUGCGAACUCAAUGGUUGAAGAGCUAGAAAAAUCCAUAAAGAUUCAACCUCAUAGUGUUGAUGUGUUAGUCAGCGAGUGGAUGGGAUACUGCCUUCUAUAUGAGUCAAUGCUCACUUCUGUGCUCUAUGCAAGAGAUCGGUGGUUGAAGCCUGGUGGUGCAAUCCUCCCUGACACAGCCACAAUGUUUGUUGCUGGAUUUGGAAAAGGCGCCACAAGUCUUCCUUUCUGGGAAGAUGUCUAUGGCUUUGACAUGUCCUCAAUUGGCAAGGAAAUUCUUGAAGAUACAGCUCGAGUUCCAAUUGUUGACGUUGUAGAGGAGCGUCAUUUAGUGACACUGCCUGCCCUUCUCCAGACAUUUGACUUGGCUACCAUGAAACCAGAUGAAGUAGAUUUCACAGCAACAGCAACGCUGGAACCCACAGGGUCAGAAACAGAAGCUCGGUUGUGCCACGGUGUUGUGUUGUGGUUCGACACAGGUUUCACUGAUAGGUUCUGCAAGGAAAACCCAACCGUGCUAUCAACAUCACCCUACACUCCCCCAACACAUUGGGCACAAACUGUCUUGACUUUUCAAGAACCAAUCUCAGUGGCACCGGCCUCGGUUCCUCUACUGUCUGGUGAUGAUGAUAGAAGAGGAGGAGCCAUUGGAACGAAAGAAUGUCCCGCCUCAAGCAUUCACCUGCGUGUGAGUGUUGCAAGAGCGUCUGAGCAUCGCAGCAUCGACGUCUCGUUAGAGGCUACAGGGGUGAGCUCAAAGGGUCAGAAGCGUCGUUGGCCAGUUCAGAUAUUUAAUCUAUGAAUGUUAUUGUAUUGUAAGACUUAUUUUCUGCAUUUUUUGUUCUUCAACAAGGAUAUGAGGAUUAACUUCGAUUUUGCUCAGUUCUUUUCAUUAGACAAAUUGGUAAAAUUUCUACGUUUGGAAAUGAUUUA